CAAAAAAAAAUAAAAAAUCACAUAAUAAAAAGAAAAGGAGAAAAACCCUUUACCUUACCAUUGUCGACACAAAGUCUACCCCUCUCUGUGGCCAAAUUGAACAGCCUCUUCUUGUGAACCGCCGGCCGAUUUUUCUGCUAUUACUUGGAUGAUGAAGGGUUCGAAGAGUGGGGCAUGCAAAUCAGCAUCGCACCACCUCUACAAAGACAGAGCAAAGAAUCGCGUCGAUGAUCUCCAGGGCAUGUUCAGCGAUCUUCAAUCAGCCAGGAAAGAGAGCCGCACUAUGGAUGUAUCUGUGCUCGAAGAGCAAGUUAACCAGAUGCUUCGCGAAUGGAAGUCUGAGCUAAAUGAGCCCUCCCCAGCUUCUUCCCUCCAGCAGGGAGGGAGCCUGGGAUUUUCAUCUGAGAUUCAUCGGCUGCUGCAUCUUUGUGACGAGGAAGACGAUGCAACAAGUGCAUUAGCUGCACCAAAACCAGAUCCUGAUGAGAAAAAGGUUGUGAAUGGAUCUACUUCGCAAGAGGCUUUUAAUAUGUCCAACGGUCCUCAAGAACAAGGCUUUCAUUUGGUUGAUCAGUGCAAAAGCUCUGGGAUGGGAGUUAACAAUAUGGGAACAGAUAAUAAUAUGAGUCUACCAACACAGUUAGACUAUCAUUCGUAUCAUACCAACCAACCUUUCGAACAGCAGUAUUACUUCGGGUUUGAUGGAACUGAAUUAGUCGGAGAGGAUGGUUUGCCUCAGAGUACUGGCUAUCAACAUAAUAUCUCCCCUCCACCUUCUGCAUUUUUAGGGCCAAAAUGUGCCCUUUGGGAUUGUCCCCGCCCAGCGUUAGGCUUAGACUGGUCACAAAAAUCCGACGACUACUGCAGCAUUUAUCAUGCUGGUCUUGCACCAAACGAAGGCUAUCCUGGUAGCCCUCCAGUAGUACGUCCCGGAGGCAUUGGCUUAAAGGAUAAUUUACUCUUUGCUGCUCUUGGAGCGAAGGCCCAAGGCAAAGAUGUUGGUGUUCCUGAAUGUGAAGGUGCUGCAACAGCAAAAUCUCCUUGGAAUGCACCUGAACUGUUUGAUCUUACUGUACUGGACGGUGAGACGAUCAGGGAGUGGCUCUUCUUCGACAAGCCUCGCAGAGCGUUCGAGAGUGGGAACAGAAAGCAAAGGUCGCUUCCGGACUAUAAUGGGAGAGGCUGGCACGAGUCGAGGAAGCAAGUGAUGAAUGAAUUUGGAGGGUUGAAGAGAUCCUAUUACAUGGACCCGCAGCCUAUGGAGAAUUUCGAAUGGCACCUUUAUGAAUACGAGAUUAAUCAAUACAAUGCGUGUGCGUUGUAUAGGCUGGAAGUGAAGCGUGUUGAUGGGAAGAAGACCCCAAAAGGGAAGUGCAACGAUUCUGUUGCUGAUUUGCAGAAGCAAAUGGGGAGGCUUACUGCUGAGUUUCCGAUCGAGAAACAGAAGAACGAGAAACAGAAGAGUGUUAAAGGCAGGGGCAAAAACAACUCAAAGGCUUCUAAUAAUGCAUUAGCGGCAAAUCCAGGUAAAGGGGUUGUUGUUGAUAAUACACCGUGUGAUUAUCUUGUGGAUGAUGUCGGCGGAUAUUACCUAACGUGACCGAGCGGCUAAUUGUGGAAUAAGAGACUUUUAGUCCAUUUGGUAUAUAUAUUAUUAUUAUUAUUAUUAUGUCGUCAUUGUUCGUAUUCCUCGGGGGGGUUCUAUAGUAUUAGAUCCAAUGGGGACGGGUUUUGAUAAUUGAUGAAUCUAAGUGUUGUGCAUAGCUUACUCGUACCAUCUUCUUCUUCUCGGAAUGUUUUUAACUGGUAGAAGAAGGUGACAAAUGCAUUAACAACCUUUCUUGUUUUGGUGAAUGUGAAGAAAGUGCACUUCUGGUGCCAAUUUGCAGGUGGAAUUUAUUUGUUCUAAGGCUGACUAUUUGUAAUUAUCUCUCACUGAUUAUGAUGUAGAUUGCGUAUUUAUAAUUCAAACUUUCCGGUGAGUGUGGCCUCUUACCAACUUCU